AUGAAGUUCUCCAUCGUUGGAAAGCUCUGGCUUGUUCAUUCUCUGAUCGCUACAGUCGCAGCAAGGUCCGAAAAUGCAGCUGCAGCGCAAGUCUCCAUAUUUGUCAAUCCGAAACUUCAGUGUCAGGAGAUAGACGGCUUCGGGGCUUCUCAGGCCUUUCAGCGUGCUGAAGAUAUUUUUGGCAAGUAUGGAUUGCCCGCUGUGAAUCAGACCUUUGUUCUCAAUCUGCUCUAUGAUGAGAACCUGGGCGCUGGCUUCACGAUUCUGCGCAAUGGGAUUGGAUCUAGCAAUACCUCUGACAGCAACUUUAUGACCUCUAUUGAGCCCAAGAAUCCUGGCGGGCCCAAAGCCAAACCCGACUAUGUUUGGGAUCCUUAUAACCGUGGUCUGAAGACACUGUACGCCAAUGCGUGGUCUGCUCCUGGGUACAUGAAGACCAAUGACGACGAAAACAAUGGUGGAUACCUUGGUGGUGUGAACAAUGAAUCCUGUGUUAGCGGAAACUGGAUGGAGGCGUAUGCCAGAUAUCUCGUGGAGUACGGGCGCUUCUACAAAGAUUCCGGAGUGGAAGUGACCCAUUUAGGCUUCUUGAAUGAGCCUCAGUUUGCUGCGACCUAUGCCGGCAUGCUAUCAAAUGGCACACAGGCUGCCAAUUUCAUUCGCGUGCUGGCCAGGACGAUCAAGAUCUCCGGCCUAAAUCUCAAGAUAACCUGCUGCGAUAGCAUCGGCUGGGAUGGUCAAGAAGCUAUGAUGCCUGAUCUGGAAUUGGGUCCUGAUCCAGCUAUCAACUACCUCGACGUUGUAACAGGCCACGGUCAUGACUCUCCUCCAGCGUAUCCUCUCAGUACCAACAAGAAAACCUGGUUAACGGAGUGGGCUGAUCUGACUGGCGAUUUCACUCCUUACACGUUCUAUGAGAAUGGCGGUCCUGGAGAGGGCCUUACCUGGGCCAAACAUAUCCAGGUUGCCCUGAGAGAUGCCGGAACUAGUGGAUUCCUCUAUUGGAUCGGUGCUGAGAAUUCAACCACUAAUAGCGCCCUGAUCAACCUCGUCAAUAACGAGGUAAUCCCAUCCAAGAGGUUCUGGGCAUUCGCGCAUUUUAGCAAAUUCGUGCGUCCUGGUGCUCGUCGCAUCGAUGCUGUUAGCUCCCAUUCAAACAUCACCGCCAGCUCUUUCAAGAAUCAAAAUGGACGCAUCGCUAUUCAAUUGCUGAACCAGGGCGGAUCAGAUGUAUUAGUUCAAGUCUUGAUAGCUGGCCUCCAAUCGGGAGUGUCUGUCGUGCCCUAUGUUACAAGUAACGAUCACGAUUUGGAGCCUUUAGCCCCCAUUGUUUCGGAAAGUGGUGGUUCGUUCAAGGCUACAAUUCCGCGUUGGUCCAUGAUUACGUAUAUUGCUAUGUGA